AUGCCCGUGCCAGUACGGCGCGCGCCCGACGUCCCCGGCGUCCCCUUGGUCGCUCACCGACUCGGUGUACACGGGCUGCGACGACGCGGUGUCGACCCUCCCGCUGUCAACCUCUUCUGGCUCCCCGUGCCAGAACUACAGCAGUUCCCGCCCCCAUUCCAGGCGCCGUUGAUUGAAGACCUCACGCGGCUCUCGCUCUCCCUUCCGGUGAUCCCCAUGCCCGCCGUACCGCCAUCGACGUUCCGGAGGCCGAGCCGAGGGUCGGGCGUGCUCAGCGCACUGCUCGUCGUGGACCCUGAUCAGCACUCGAUGAUGACGAUGAUGACCACUACCACGACGAUCCUGGUCAUCCCGAACCCCGGCGUUGCGAAGACGAAGGCGACAGUCGUGCACGUCGAAGCUGUGUCGCUUAUAGCGGCGGUGUCGAGUCUUUCAAAGCAGAGCCCCCGAGACGUCGCAGGCGCUUAA